UAAAUAUCAUAAUGAUUGUAUUGGUGUAUACAUAAGCAUGUAUUGAAAUAGGCAAAACUGUUCUUGACAUUGAAGUCGAUACCAUUCUGUUAAGGUGAUCAGCAGUGAAACGAUCUAAGGAUAAUUUGACGUGCGUCAUACCUACAACAAUGUUAUGUGCCGCUUGGGGUUCUGACGUAUAAGGCCCUUGUCACUGUUUGUAACUCAGUGUGAAGUUAUGCAGGUGAAUUUCAGAAGUCUACGCUAGCGGGAAUGGACAUUCAUAUCAAAUUCUUGAGAAAUAAUAUAACGUUGGAUUAUCAAACUUCAACCUGUGAGUCAAACUAGUCAAAAACAACUCGUGACACCCAACACUAGACGACCAUUUUGUUUUAUAUAUUGUUAUCCCGUACAAAAGAUACAAAGCAACAAUAACUACAAUAUGAUGCAGCAGUCAACCUGUGAGUCAAACUAGUCAAAAACAACUCGUGACACCCAACACUAGACGACCAUUUUGUUUUAUAUAUUGUUAUCCCGUACAAAAGAUACAAAGCAACAAUAACUACAAUAUGAUGCAGCAGUGUAUAGCUAAAUGCAGAUAUACCUGUCACCUGGGAUUCAGAAGCACAAACGAUUGAAUACCAGGUGAUGCCGAUAGUGAAAUAGUGUGUGGAAUAACUAUAUCUAACGCACGCAUCCUCAAUAAUAGUGAUAUUGCAGAAGUUUGUAAAAUUUGCAUGCUUUAAUCAGUGCAACCAACUAAAUGGCUACCUGUUCUAUCUGCCUGGAAGACUUUACUAAGCCUAAACUACUGCCAUGUGGUCACACCUUUUGUGAAAAAUGUUUAGGCGAUCACAUCAAGGCACAAACUCAACUCAACAAAUUCAACUGUUCUAUGUGUCGUUCAGAAAUACAAGUUCCAGAAGGCGGGGCUAGUGCGUUCCCGGGUAAUUUUUAUCUGGAAAGUGAGGGUCGUAAUAAGAAAGACUUUUGUUUCAAACACAAAACGAAAGAAGUCCAAGUCUAUUGCCAGGACUGUAAUGAACCAUGUUGUGCCAUGUGUGUUAUUGGGGAUCAUAAAAAUCACACAGUAGCCGAUUUAGAAGAGGUGGAAAACGAACUGAAACACCAGUUCUUGAAGCUAAAGACAGAAACGGAGAAGAAGAUAAAACUACUGCAAGAACAUUCAGAGACUCUGAAAACCAACAAAUCUCAAUUUAUCGAGUCUAGCUUAAAAUCUUGUUGCAACGUUGAUCUGCAGCUGAACGCAAUAUACCAAGAAUGUAAACGAAAAGCAGAGGCGAUUAAGGACGAAAUAAUGAAGUCGUGUGAAGAAGGAAAUAGGACAACGAACACAUGGAUAAAAGAAUGUGACGAGAUGAGAUCGAUAAUGGAGGAAUGGCGCGACUACUCAGAUGUGGGUUUAAGACACGAGUCUGUGAUUGAAUUUGUAGGUAAAACUACUUUAAAAGAUCUCCAAGAAAAAACAAAUUUUGACAUAUCAACAAUUUUACAAACGCCAGUGGUCAGAUCUCCUUACUAUUCCUUGGCGGAUAUUGGUGCACAAUCGUUAACACCUCUACUGGGUAAAAUACCAACCAUGGAUGAUUCCACGUUUACUGUAAGUUUUGAUGUUGACCAGGUGUUGUCAGAUUCUUUCUUAAAAUCGAAGGUAAAUGCAAAUGGGAUGUCCUGGCGCGUAGGUGUGAAACGUUCUACAGAUGUGUCUCUACCGUUUGGUAUAUAUCUGUGGUUGGGUGAUGUAGACGAUGAAACUAUUAACAAGUGUGAAUGUAACUAUAGCUGGAAACUCCUACACAACGCAUGUGAAAAUCUAUCUGUCAAAAGACAGUGUUCAUGUAGCUUUAUGCCUGGCGGCAGUGGUGGUAAGAGUACUGGUAUUGAAUGGCAAAAAUUGGUAGAUCGUGAAUCUGGUUUCUUGGACACCAACAACAAGUUUACCAUACAAUUUAUAGUUAGUAUAAUUAGCAUAGAAAGGUGUUAAAGCCUACAUUUGAUAUAAUGGCGAGAUUUGGCUCAGUGGAUGGCAAAAAUACCACUGUGAUCUCGUUUAGUUUGUGAUAUCAUCCCAGCUAAAUUGAACAAUUGGUCGCGUCGUAAAUAUUAGCAUAAUCUUAUUUGAUCUGUCCCGAAGACUGAUUGGUAAUUAUUUGAAGUAUAUUGGCGGUCAACGAAACUUACCUGAUGUCAUCGGACAUUUUCUACUCUUUCAGACUGGUAAAUUAUGUUUGGUCGUUGUAUGAAACAUCAAGUAUUAUUGUGUGAUGUACUGCUUAUAGUGUUGUCAGUGAACAUUAAAUAUUUACUAAAGAUGCGUUAUUAAGAGCUAAAUCUGCCUAUUUUGAGUCCUUUUUUUCCUGGCUUCAAAUGUUAUAUAUAAAUCCCUGGGCCAUCGGAUGGAACUGAUUUUAAGUAGACUAAAUCACAGCUUCCAUUUAAGGGACAAUAACACUCUUGCUGGCUUGAAAGCUCCAGAAAAUAAAUAAUAUCUCUAUCUAAAUACUAGAUGUUUAAGUGUCCUACCUGUUGUGUAAAUUAUCCAUUACAUCCUAUUUUACUUGUCCAGAGAGUUCGAAAUAAUUUUUAAAUCGAAGUUUCAUUUGAAAAGGUUUACGUUAGACGUUUCAAACCAUUAUGUUGAAUUUUUCAAAUGUUUUAAAUAAGGUGUGUUAAGAUGAAAUUUGUAUCAUCAAUUAAUUGAAAUAUUCUAAAAUAGUACAAUUUGUUGACCAGAAUAAAGAUUGGGACAUAUUAUUCAGUUACAACAAGAGUGGUAUUGAGCCUUUAAAAGAUUUAAUGAAAAAAUAGAUAACCUAACUGAGACUUGGUUUCGAUUGACAAGUACCGAUUCUAUGGUAAUAAACAAUCAAUGCACACAUUGAUAACUUGCCUCAGAAUGAAGUAAUUUGAAAGAAAUUUUCAAUAUAUUCAUUUUACAUUAUCUUAAUCUUACAUAAUGUAUCUUUAAUAUAGCUGAUAAUCAGUACAGCUAAAACUUAUGCCUAGGUCCCACUGGGCAUUUUUUUCUUCGGGGAUGUACUACCGAUGAAAAUGUAUGGGCCUCAGAAGGCCACGGCGUCCAAGGGGAACUCGGGGGCAUGGCGAGCCACGUGGAACCAUCGGCGGGCCUCGGGAGAACUGCGAAAAAUAUCAAAGCUUGCAUUGUCGGGAAAACAUGCUCAUAAAUUUCCAUGGUUAGUACAUCACCGAGGCAAAACAUGCCCAGGCAAUGGGACCUAGGCAUUACUGUACUAUAUAGCAGUUAAUUAUCCCACACGACAUCAUCAGUCACACUAAUCCGCAGUGAAUAUUCGCUUGGCCGCUACAAUCACUGAUAAGGAUGACAUCGAUGCGACUUAAUGACAACAAAAUAUUAACUUUUUUCUUUCGACAAAUUAAAUUCUGAAACAUUUUUUUUUAGUAUUAGAAAAAUAAAUAAAGGUGUUUGAAGUAUAUCUUGAUAAAAAAAAUAUUCCAUAUUUAGCGUAAAUAGGUACAGAAAAUAGUACGCGGAGGCGUAAAAUGGGUAAAACGAUAUAAUUUUGCCCGUACCAGUUCAUAUUACUACAACGCACGUGUGACCAUCAAUUUGACGUUUUUUUCUGUUUGUUUACUCUGAAUUCUUUCAGAAGUACAUUUUUUACCGUCUAAUCUGAUUGACCUGCUCGUGUUUGUUUUAAAACAACAAAAACAAGCCACAGAAGUAAUCUUUUUUGGCGUUAUCGAUGCCACCUUGCUUUGUUGGUAAACAUUAUGAUGUGACGUCACCCUUAGAACUACAGCGGUCUGACCUUUUAAAGGUCAGUCAUCUUGGACAGAGAUAAAAGACGGAUGUCGCAUUAGGUCUGUAAAACAGAUUGAUCAUCAGUAACACGUACUUUAGAAGGAUAUUACUACUCCGGAGUGUUUUAUUUGAUGAUAUCACACAAGUUUGUAUUGAAAGUAUAAGGUCCCUGAAACUGAAUGUGGAUGUUUAAAGAUACAUUAGUUAUAAGUUUAAUAAAGAGUUGGUCAUUCUUGCUAUAAUAAUUCAAAACUAGAUGGUAAAAAAAGAAAAUUUCAUCCAAAUUACUUCAUUCGCAGCCAAGUUAUCAUUGUUUGUAGUUUUGACAAGAUGUGUGCAUGGUGGUAACCAGGACACUGGUAUAACCGGGACUUAGCCUCGCUUUCCCAUUUUUAAAUUGAAUUUUUAAAUGGCGAGCCGUUUUAAUCUAGUUAAAAUCUCGAGUGUCGAUUAUGGUCUUGUUUUGUUAAUAAAUGUCUAAUUAUAAUAGUUUAUAUAACAUUUCAGAAUUCAGGCCUAAAGAAAGACCUGCGAUAGGCAGAUUUAGCUCUUGCAUAAUGCAUGUUUAAUAUUAA